UUGUCUUCCACGAACAUGUUACAACACCUAUUGUUCUCAUAUAACCACUGAAAUCUGUGGUGAGUGAUGAAACAUGCCAAACCACAGAAGCAUCAAUGGGUAGCAAAUAUGAUCUUAAAUAAUUGAAUUUAUACUUGAGUUCUUCAUGUUUUAGCAUUGAUGUAUGAAACAAUUCUAGGUCUUGGGCAUGUGUAAGCUACUCUUUGAGGUAAAUGAUUUUUAAACAUGGUGACCGGACACAGUCCCACUGAAGUGUCCUGAAUUAUUCACAAAAACAUUAUUUCAGAUUUUAGAUGAGAUUUUUUUUCUUUUCUUUUCUGUGUUCAGCACGCUCUGGGGUUAUGGGCUCAAAUCCCGCAUCUGUCCUGUGUGAGCUUGCUUGUUCUCAACAUGACUUGGGGACUUCCUCUGGGUAGGCCUCCCAAGUCCAAAGAUACGCCUUGUAGUCUGAUCGGCAUUUCCAAAGUGUCCGUUGUAUGUGAAUAUGUGUGCGAUUGUGCUCCGUGAUGGGUUGGCACCCUGUCCAGGGUGUCCCCCUCCCUGUGCCCCAAAUUCCCUAGGAUAGGCUUCAGGCUCCCCCAUGACUCUGCAUAGGUUAAGUGGUAGCCUAUUGAAAACGGAUGGACGGUUCAGGUUUGGCACAAUGUACACUACAUUUCAACAAGCCACAUGAAAUCUUUGGUAUAAGAAAAAAAAAAAAGUACAAGUUUUGAUGAGCUUUUAGCACUUUAGGCUAGAAUAAAAUCGGCUACUGUAAAAAUGUUAAGCUGGAAGAAUAUACGUUCGGUUCAAACUGAUCGCUAGUCGCCCCUGUCCAUGGUGCUGACCUAAUCUCUCUCUCUCUCUCUCUCUCUCUCUCCUCCCUCUCUCUCCCUCUUCCUCUCUCUAUCCCCUUUCACUCUCUCACCCUCCCCCACGCUUGCUCUCUCUUUCUCCACCUUUCCCCCUGCUCUCUCUCUCUCUCUGUCGCCUCUCUCUCUCACUCUUUUCCCCUCAGGCCCUGUGUGAGGAGCGUUGCAGCGUCAGUGCUUGUUUUCAAGCCCCGUCUCCUCGCUGCAAACGUGAAUGAACUGAGUACUGAUGAAAAUCUCUGUUGUAGCCGCUUCCGUUGGCUGGAGACAAGGCGACUCCGAGGCGAAACGAGUUCACUCUAGUACUCUGACACUCGCUUCUUUUUUUCUUUUUUUUUACCAUCUUCAUUUCACGAGGCUUUUCGGGAUCGGAACAACCUACAAGUGACUUGAUCAGUGACUGAAAUGCAGAGCCGACUGUUACGGGUUUGAGACGAAGGACCGCAAUCUUAAGUUUCCCCUCACACAGCCGGGAUAAUUACUCUCCUUCUGCACGUGUGACACAAACACUUGAUGGUCGCAGCUAAAAGGAAGCUGAGAGUUUGUUUGAUACCUGCCACUUGUGUGAUGACCUCCAAAUGACAUCUCCUCCAGGGUGUGUCUCUCUCCCUGGUGGAGCCAUGCUGAUACUUUAGGGGUUUUUGGGGGGGUUGCCACGUUGCAUCAUGAAAGGCUACACCCCCCACCACACACGUCACCUCUCGGACUGUGACCCUCCACGCUCACCCGCUCGCCUAGAUCCAUUGUACCCACCUUCGGCUAGCUCCACCCUUUCGCGUCAACCCUACAUUGUCCCUUCUUCCACCAUGGAUCACUAUGGAGCCCUGGAGCCCCAUCACUUCUCCAAUUCGCCCAGCUCAGGUGGUCUUCCCCCAGACUGCUUGAUGCCCCUCAGCAAUCAGCUGUCCACCAGCAGCACCUUCCCACGUAUCCAUUACAACUCCCAUUUUGAGCAGGAUGACUUCUCACCUCCAGGUAGAGACAACAUCGGGGGCAUCAGCACAGGCACACUGGGUACCUCUAUGUCCAUCGGUAUGGGAAUGAACAUGGGGCUUGGUGCAGGACGCACAACCAUGAUCACCAGUGGAUCUGCUACCAUAUCAGGCGCAGGGAAGAUGAACCGGUUACCAGCUAACCUCCUGGAUCAGUUUGAGAAACAGUUGCCAGGGCAGCGGGAUGGCUUCAGCACCUUACAGUUUCAUCGUAGCACAGCUGUGGAAACAACUAAACAGCAACAGCAGCGCACCGAUAGCCCAGGAAAGAUCCGCUACCUGGUCCACUCUGUGCAGAAACUCUUUGCCAAGUCACAGUCACUAGAAAGCUCGGCUAUGAAGGGCAACAUGAAUGGGCGCUCAGGAAGCAGUGCCAAUGAGGACAAACACCACCGGCGCAGCAAAAGCAAAGACCGGGCCAAGAGUGAGGCCACAGCAAAACGGCGUCCCCGCUCCAACAUGUCUGGCUACUGGAGCUCAGAUGACCUGGACAGUGAUAUCAUUAAUUACAGGAACCCUGUGGCAAUGAUGACUCUGGGUCGUCAGAGCUCCGCAACAGGGUCAGCGCUGGAAAGCCAAGUGAAUUCAAAGUACUUAAUGCAAGGCUACAACACCAUUAGCGAGCACACACUGAAAACCUCAAAGAGCAACAAUGACCUGAAGCACCAGGGCCUCCUUGCACUCCCAGGUCCUGGGGGAGGAGGAGUAGGAGGAGGAGGAGGAGGAAGAAUGGCAGUUGUGGAAGGGAAUUAUGGGAAGGGUGGGUCCUGGUCCACGCUCACACUGGGGCCCAGUAGACAGUUGUGCCAGAAGGGCUCAGCCACACUGGAUCGUUCCCUGCUCAAGUCCAAGUCAUGCCAGCAGGAGCUGGCCUGCCAUUAUCUCCAGAUGCCCUCUACAGGAGAGUGGAGCGGGACUCUUGGUCGAGGUGAGAUUCCAUGCAGGCGGAUGCGCAGUGGCAGCUACGUAAAGGCCAUGGGGGACCUGGAGGACAGCGAUGACUCGGACAGCAGCUUGAAACCCUCACCGAAGACUUCUGCGCGCAGACAGAGCUACCUACGUGCCACACAGCAGUCCCUCAGUGACCAGUUCCCUUCCAGAAAGUCCAGCCGUCCGCUGGACUACUCGAUGCUCCAGGGGGAUCUGGAGGCCCUAUGGUCUCCCCUCCGCAGCAUUGCCACUCUGCAGCAGAUCGGACGCUCCGUAAGUUGUCUUCCAUCUCUGCGAGAAUUCUCUGGGAAUCGCAGUGUGGACAAUUUGGACUGUAUCGGAGGUUCCGUAAGCUCAUCAUUCCCACGCUGGGAUGAUGACGACUUCAGUCAAGGCUGCAGCACACUUGGACGCAACAGCUGCAUCAGCCAGAUGCGGGAGUCAGAGUUGAACCAACGCUAUGGAGAUGACUCCUGUUCAGAAUCUAUGUUUGGAGAGAUGCACGGGCUCACACGCUCUCACUCCCGGGCAGAGGAGCCUGAUUUGCCUACUUGCUUCCGUUCCCGAAGCCAUAGUUACCACCGCGCCAUCCAGGCUGGCUGCUCCCAAGAUGAUGACACAGCAUCGCUAGAUUCAGAUUCGCCACCACCCACUGCUACAACUGUACGCACCUACAGCACCAGCACCGUCUCAACAUGUAUAACAACGUGUAAGAAGAUAGCUCCGCCCCCUGUCCCUCCCCGCCAUUCCACCUCCAAGCCCUUUAUCUCAGUGACGGUGCAGAGCAGCACCGAAUCGGCGCAGGACGGUUACCUGGACAACCACGAGAGCAAGAGCCACACCAACGGCAGCUCGUCAGACAGCAGCUUGACAAAAGGUUCACGAAAUCACCCGGCUGUGCUUGGACCUCGCGAGCCACAGGUUCCGGCAGCUCUGGUGCUUUCACCCGACUCCUCUCGUGAGCUUCAGAAUGAGCAGGUGAAGGCAGGAGGAGCAGCAGACGAGCCCAGGACGGAGCCCGUACCCCGUCGCAAACUUUCCUCCAUUGGAAUACAGGUGGACAGCAUCCAGGAAAUUCCGACCCGAGUUGAGACACCACCGCCAUUGGCCAGAUUCCAGUCGAUUGGAGUGCAGGUGGAGGACGGCUGGACACUCAGCCGCUCCAGUAGUAUGGCAUCUAAGCAGGAAACUGACUCAGACACACAAGAUCUCUCUCUUAAUUCUGUCACCAGUGUUACAUCCAACAACACUUCCAGACCCACUGAGAAAAAAGUCAUGGUCAACAGCGCUAUCCAAUCUGUGGACUUCCACGCUCAAAUCUCUCUCGACAACGGUAGCCACGACGAUGAUGUUGUGACAACCAGCGGUCCUUCCCGCCAGCUCCUGACUAAUCGCUCGACAACAAGAAGCAGCUCUUCUUCAUUUUCAGAGAGUUUAGACCCCGCCCUCGACCCCUCCUCCCUGCCACCGCCUGACCCAUGGUUAGAGAGCGGCAACGGGACUGGGAACGGCGGCCCCACGCAUACGUCGUCGGGUGGCAUGUCGGCAUGCCGGAGAGAUGGGCAUUGGUUCCUGAAGCUGCUGCAGGCGGAGACCGCUCGUAUGGAGGGAUGGUGCAAACAAAUGGAUGAGGAGACCAAAGAGCAUCAGCUCUCGGAGGAGGUGCUGGGUAAGGUGCGCAGUGCAGUGGGAAGUGCUCAGCUCCUCAUGUCUCAAAAGUUUCAGCAGUUCAGAGGGUUAUGUGAACAAAAUUUGAAUGUGAACGCUAAUCCAAGGCCCACAGCUCAGGACUUGGCAGGAUUCUGGGACCUUCUGCAGCUCUCAAUAGAAGACAUUAGCCUCAAGUUCGAUGAGCUCUAUCACCUCAAAACCAAUGAUUGGAAACUGGACCGAGAUUCCCCAGACAAACAGAAGAAUCAGAAGCAGGCUCCACCUGUGCCAAAGAAGCCUGGGAAGAGUAAGGCAGUGCUGAACCGGGAGAAAAGCAGUGACACGGCAGAUAAACAGAGGCAGGAAGCCCGCAAGAGACUGAUGGCAGCCAAGAGAGCACAGUCAGUCAAACAGAACUCGGCCACCGAAAGCUCGGACAACAUCGAGAUCUACGUCCCCGAAGCCCAGACACGCCUCUGAGAGAAGAGAAAUAAGGAAACAGGCCCACAGCUCACCCAUGUGGGGAAGGGGAAGAGUGAUGGGGCAAAAAGAAGACAUUCGAGCACUACGCAGAUCUGCUCUAAUAUCAAAUGCAAAAUGCUCUUUAUUUUGGUGGCAGCCUAAAAUCGAGAAAGGGGAAUGUGGGAAUUGUGGACAGGCCACUCAAAGAGCUUCUCUUUUCAGAGACUGCCAAGGAAAACCUCACAAAGACAUUAUUAUUAUUAUUAUUAUUAUUAUUAUUAUUAUUACUGAUAAUUAUAUCACCUAAAGUCUAUAUCAGACUGUUUUAAAUGUUCUAAUAUCUUGGAUAAGAGAUUUAAUCUAUGUGGACUAAGGUAGCCACACUUGGCUUUUUGCCUUUCAGCACCCCAUCCAGUAGAAAAUCCUCCUCUGAAGUUUCCGUACACAUACUCGCUUGGAGGAUGCCUUCCUGUGUGUGCCCUCUCUGAAAUAUUUGUCUUCCUGUUUACUAAUUUGGUCUGUUGAUUUCAGCCUCUAGUACAAGUUAUAGAAAUAAUUUCUUUGUGAUAAAACAGUAACAGAUAAACAAAAGCCUGUUAGAAUGG